UCUAUCUUUAUCCUUUUUGUUGAGACUCUUUCUUUCUACUUUCCUCUCCUCCUUUAAAAAACCACAUUCUGAUCCAUUCUGCAUCAAACUUUGGCUUCUCCUCCUUUCUCUCUCUUCACACUUCAAUGGAUAUUCUUUCUUGAAUUCUCAUCUGGGUUCAUUCCCUUUUUCAUGCUUUGACUGAAUCUUCACACUUUCAAGUAGUUGGUUGUGUGGUGGUACCUGAUAAAACUUAAAAAAUCUCUUCCCUUUUUGUGUCAGAACCAUGGGUUGUUGUCUGAGUAAAAAAGGGUCAGAGCCAGAAGAACACAUUGGUUACAGACAUGUUGCUGGUGCUGGAGGUGCUGGUGUGUACAACAAUCACAAGAGCCAUGAACCCUUUGCCACCCAAACCAAACCCCCUCCUCACCAACCUUACCAAUUACCUGAGAAACAUGCUCCUCCUCAGGCACCUUGGAGGCCUCCACCAAGCCCAAAACAUGUCCACAACCAUGACACAAUCACUGGGAAGCCAUUUGAGGAUGUUAAGCAGCACUACACACUUGGGAAGGAAUUGGGGAGAGGCCAAUUUGGGGUGACUUAUCUCUGCACUGAGAAUUCAACUGGCCUGCAGUAUGCCUGCAAGUCCAUUUCAAGGAGGAAGCUUGUGAGCAGAGCUGACAAGGAGGACAUGAAGAGGGAGAUUCAAAUCAUGCAGCAUUUGAGUGGACAGUCCAACAUUGUGGAGUUCAAAGGCGCUUUUGAGGAUAAACAAUCAGUUCAUGUGGUUAUGGAGCUGUGUGCUGGUGGUGAACUUUUUGACAGGAUUAUUGCCAAGGGCCACUACAGUGAAAGGGCUGCUGCUUCGAUAUGUAGACAGAUUGUUAAGGUUGUUAACACCUGCCAUUUUAUGGGUGUCAUUCAUAGGGAUCUCAAGCCAGAGAAUUUCUUGCUAUCUAGUAAGGAUGACAAGGGACUUCUCAAGGCCACAGAUUUUGGCUUGUCAGUUUUCAUUGAAGAAGGAAAGGUGUAUCGAAAUAUAGUUGGCAGUGCUUACUAUGUUGCUCCAGAAGUUCUACGUCGUAGCUAUGGGAAGGAAGCAGAUAUAUGGAGUGCAGGAGUUAUAUUGUAUAUCUUACUUAGCGGUGUACCACCAUUUUGGGCAGAGACGGAAAAGGGAAUAUUUGAUGCCAUAUUGCAAGGUCAUAUUGAUUUUGAAAGUAGUCCAUGGCCAAGCAUAUCAAACAGUGCUAAAGACCUUGUUCGCAAAAUGCUUAUAAAGGAUCCAAAGAAACGCAUUACUGCUUCUCAGGUUCUAGAGCACCCAUGGCUUAAAGAAGGUGGAAAUGCUUCUGACAAGCCAAUAGACAGUGCAGUGCUUUCCAGAAUGAAGCAAUUCAGAGCAAUGAAUAAACUAAAAAAACUAGCCCUCAAGGUCAUUGCUGAAAAUCUUUCUGAAGAAGAGAUCCAAGGCUUGAAGGCAAUGUUCACAAAUAUUGACACUGACAAUAGUGGUACAAUCACCUAUGAGGAACUGAGGGCAGGAUUGCAAAGACUUGGCUCAAAGCUUACUGAAACUGAAGUGCGACAGCUUAUGGAUGCCGCUGAUGUAGAUGGAAAUGGCACAAUUGACUACAUAGAAUUCAUCACUGCUACAAUGCAUAGACACAGGUUAGAAAGAGAUGAGCAUCUUUACAAGGCCUUCCAAUAUUUUGACAAAGAUGGCAGCGGGUAUAUCACAAGAGAUGAACUGGAAAUAGCCAUGAAGGAGUAUGGUAUGGGUGACGAGGCCACAAUCAGGGAAAUUAUAUCUGAAGUUGACACAGAUAAUGAUGGUAGAAUCAACUAUGAAGAAUUUUGUACAAUGAUGAGGAGUGGAACCCAACAACAAGGCAAGCUAUUCUGAUGUCUCUAGAUUGAGUGUCCUGCAGCCAAGACGGGGUGCUUGCUUCAGAGAAAGGCUUCCAAGAGUUAAUAUUUAUCUUAGGCAUGUAAAGCUUGUAGUUUCGAUUUGUUUUGAGUUACAUGCUCCGCGUGACUUGUUGUCAACUCUUAUUUCUCUUUUUGGUUUCCUUUUCACUUUGAAGUUUAUUAUUGAGUCCAAAUGUAAUUUAUUAGGCACACUAAUAAUAAAUGGACUUGCCUAGGGAAGGUGGUUUUACAAGUUAGAUUCUACAGUUUGUUAAAUUGAAAUCUGAUCCGGUAUCCUUUGUUAAGAAUUGGAUUUUCACUGAUGAAAUAUCUAUUGGGUGCCAAAAGGCGAAAUA